CUUCCACAGCAGUCGGUCAGUUUCUCUCUCUGACAACAUGUGUACUGGAAAAUGUUCCCGUUUCAUUGCCGUUACUCUGUACCCUUUAGUGCUUCUAUCCAUCAUCUGUAACAUUAUCUUGUUCUUUCCUGGCUGGGAUGUGAAGUAUGUCAAAGAGGGACAUAUAACAGAUGAGGUUAAAUACAUGGGAGGUCUGAUCGGAGGAGGCGUAAUGGUGCUGAUCCCAGCUCUGUACAUUCACUUGACUGGAGACGAAGGCGGCUGCUGUGGAAAUCGCUUUGGGAUGUUCCUGUCGAUUGUGUUCGCUGUAGUAGGCGUGGCCGGCGCCCUGUACAGCUUCACCGUGGCCGUGUUUGGCCUGUACAACGGGCCCCUCUGCCUCUACGACGGACAAUGGACUCGACCUUUUGAAAACAGCACUAAGCCCUACAUGAACGACCACAAGUUGUGGGCAGAGUGCGAAGAGCCAAAGAACGUGGUGCAGUUCAACAUAGGGCUGUUCGUCACUCUGCUGGCAGCCAGCGGUGUGCAGGGCUUGCUCUGCGCCAUUCAGAUGAUCAACGGCCUCUUCGGCUGCCUCUGUGGAACCUGCUUCAAGAAAGAGCACCCAUAAGUUCUGAUUCGGAGGCAUUGGACCAUUUGCAGUCACAUCUGAAGAUGGUUCUCCCUGUUGGAAGUCUGAGAGAAAUGUUCCUGCCUAUAUUUGCAUAAAAACGCUCCAUGUGUAUGUCCAG